AUGUUCUGUGUGCCCACACCAACGGCGGAGAUCCUCCACCACACACUGAGCAUGCUGGUCCGGGAGAGGAAGAUCUACCCUACGCCGGAAGGCUACUUCAUCGUCAUGCCACAGACCUACUUCAUCACGCCCUCUCUCAUCAGGACCAGCUCCAAGUGGUACCACCUGGACGAGAGGUUGCCUGAUCGCAAGCAGCAGCAGCAGUGUACCUCCCCCUCUCUGGAAACAUCCUCCCCUCCACCUCUGGCUGUGUCAGGGACAGGUCCUAUCCUAAGAACCAUGGAGACUUUUAUAAUGAUUACCGUUAUAACCCCCCCAGCCACCAUACCACCCUCACCAGGAAGUCCCCCAAGGAGCACAGGGAGGCCUAAUCACCCGGAAGUGUGGCCUCUGCAGGGCGAGGAGACGCCCAUGGCCAUGCCGCACAAUGUGGAGACGGAGAUCAUCAGACGGAUAAACCCAGACCUGACAGUGGAGAAUGUGGCGAGGCACACGGCCGUGAUGAAGAGGUUGGAGGAGGAGAGCGCCCAGAGGAGCAAGGCCAGCUCGUCAGCCCAGCGCAGCUCACACAGCAGGAGGAGCCGUCGUCAUCGCAAGCCCCAGGGUAAGCCCUCAUGCUCCCACAUUAAGACCCGCACCACUCGGGGGGACCCCUUUGAGGGAUCUAACCUGGACAUGGUGGCUGAGUGGGACUCCCAUCCCUACAGCUCCUCCUCCCUGGAACACAGCCAUGCCCGCCACCUGGCUCACAGCAACCCAAACAUCAUGGAGUCCCACCUGCCCAUCACCCCAGAGUGGGACGUGUCAGGAGAGCUGGCCAAGAGGAGGACAGAGAUGCCCUUCCCCGAGCCGUCGCACGGACCGUCGCACGGACCGUCCCACUCCAAGGUGUACCACAGCCACACACGGGAGAGGAAGUCACGCAACGAGCGCUCAACCAACAAGGCCAAAGAGCCCUUCCUCUUCCCCCUCGGCUGGCUCGUGCCUUUCCCCAGGCAGCACAGCUCCACACUUCUCUCCCAUAGCCCUGGCCUGCAGAUGGAGGCAGUGACCAGAAGCACAUCCACCUUUCAAUGGGUGACAUGGUCUAGCUGGAACACACGAGAGAACCUGGCCUCAAACACCUCCAGCAUUGUGGAGAGCAACAGACGUCCGAAUCUGGCUCUGAGUCCCGGACACCUGGGAAUUACCACAGGCAACGGUCCACCUUUCACCUUCCAGACCAUUCCAGAGCUGCUCACCACCCAACCCGAGAAACUGCAGAAACCCUCAAACUGUUUGGCCUCCAUAACGAGUGUGUGA